UUACGUCACUGUCAUUGUCAGAUUUAUUUAUGUCCAACGGCUUUAGUGGUGUUAUUUUAUAACACUUUAAAUAAUAAGAUUUAAAAAUCACUUGAAUAUUUCGUUUAAUUAUUCGUGUUGACUGACCAGAGUCCGCGAAUUAGAGUUGAAGAUGACUGAACAACAUAGAUUUGGGAAUAAUGUAAGCCCCAUAACAUGCCAUGCCUGGAACAAAGAUAAAACUCAAAUAGCUCAGUCGCCAAAUAAUCAUGAAGUACAUGUAUAUAAACGUAACGGUUCUGAUUGGAAAAUAUUGGAUAUUCUCAAUCAACAUGACUUACGUGUGAUGGGAAUUGAUUGGGCCCCUAAUACAAAUAGAAUCGUAACAUGUGCUGCUGACCGAAAUGCUUAUGUAUGGACUCAAGAUAAGGAUCAAAAAUGGAAGCCAACCUUAGUACUAUUGAGAAUAAACCGUGCCGCUACAUGUGUUAAGUGGUCUCCAGAUGAAAAUAAAUUUGCUGUGGGAUCAGGAGCUCGACUUAUAUCAGUUUGUUACUUUGAAUCUGAAAAUGACUGGUGGGUUUCCAAACAUAUUAAGAAACCUAUUCGUUCUACUGUUACUUCACUCGAUUGGCAUCCCAAUAAUGUACUGCUUGCAGCUGGAUCAUCCGACUUCAAAGUCAGAAUUUUCUCAGCUUAUAUCAAAGAUAUAGAAAAAACCCCAGAACCAACACCUUGGGGUACCAAAAUGCCACUUGGACAAUUAAUGGCAGAAUUUAUUAAUUCUGAUGCUGGGGGUGGUUGGGUGCACAGUGUUAGUUUUUCACCAGAUGGCAAUAAAGUUUGUUGGGUGGCCCAUGAUUCAUCCAUUAAUGUGGCCGAUGCUACAAAAGGAAAUGGCGUGUUUAAAUUGCGUACAGAAUUUUUACCGUUCUUUAGCUGUACUUGGAUCACAAAUAGAUCGGUAAUAGCUGCAGGGUAUAGUUGCAUACCUAUUCUCUACAAGAUUGAUGAGAACAGUCAAAUAACCUUUGUCGAGAAAUUAGAUGCUUCUCAGAAAAAAGAGAGUGGCGGAUUAUCAGCUAUGAGGAUGUUCCAUUCCCUGGAUAAACAAGCGAGAACUGAAACUUCCGAUACCAAUUUGGAUUCUAUCCACCAGAAUGCUAUCACCUGCCUUUGCAUUUAUACUGGUACAAAGGAGAAGGCUACUAAAAUUUCUACUUCUGGAUCAGAUGGCCAACUUGUUAUCUGGGACUUGAUGUCUUUAGAAAGGUCUAUGGUAAAUCUAAAAAUUGAAUGAAACAAUUUUAUAUUGUUAACUACAGCAUGUAUUAAAUUUUGUAACUGGAAAUUUCUUUCUUGAUUAAGUGUUGUCCAAUUAAAUACCUCAAACUUUGAA